AUGGGGCAGAAACCCCCUUCUGAACCAGAGAGUGACACCAUUCAGAAACAGAGGCAGGAACUCCAGCUGUUAAUUGCAUUGCUGGAAGAGCGGGAUAAGGAGCUGAACAACACAGCUGCCAUUCAUCAGAAGCAAUUUUUGGCCUGGAAGGACGAUCGCCAGAAAAUACUGACCCUGGAAGAACGAAGCAGCAGGUUGGAAAAUGAGCUGCAGAAGAGAAAUGAAAUGAUAAGCACCUUGACCAGAAGAUUAAAGGUCCUUGAAUGCCAGGAGAAUGACCACAAGUCGACGCUUGAAAGCACCCAACACGUGCUCCAGAAGUUGUCUCAAAAGGCAUCCGACCAGUCCCUUCAUUGCCAGACCCUUGAGGAGAAGAACCAAGCCCUCACUCGCUCCGUGAUGGAACUGUCCAACAAAGUGGGGCAGCUUCAAGCGAGGGAGGAAGAACUGCAGACGAUGUUAAGUCUCAAGGAUAACGAUAUUCUUGAAGCAGCCAAUCAUAUUGCGGAGUUCACCAGUAAAUUUAAGAAGUUAGAAAUCGCUCUACGAGAAGCCAAGAAUAUGAACAAGGAGAAGCAAGAUUUUAAACUCAAGCUAAAGGAAGUUAUGUUGGAAGCAAGCAAACUAAAAGAGGAUCUCAAUGGAAAAACAAAAGAAAACAAUGCACAGAGGGAAGAAAUUAUACAGCUCAAGCAAGAAAAUGCUUAUUUAAGUAAUGAAUUAAUGUUUACCGCUGAGAUGGCAAACAGGAAAGAUCAGCUUCUUUUCUCCGCCAAAGCCAAAGAGCUUCGGACCGACACAGAACUGAACAAUUUGCGACAGAUCUAUCUGCAACAGCAGCGGGAUCUGCAGUUUCUGCAGUUCAACUUGGAAAGUUCCCAAGAAUGUAAACAGAACCACAAGACAGAACUGCAGGAUGGAAGCCGAGGAAUGGUUUUGUCAGACCUCGAGGGUGGCAGCGACCGAGACUCAGUCUGCAGCGAAGUUGGUCAGAACACACAUUUCUACCUGCCCGGCUGUCCUUUGAAAAACGUCGGCCACCGGUGCCAAGGUCAGAACAGGCAGCGAGAGAGACGGCCGGCAAUCCCGGAGUACGUCCAGAGAGGGCCGUUUUGUCUCCGUAGCGAGGAGUUGAGGCUGAGCAGUCCAAGGAGCGCGGGGGAGGCCGAGAACAGAUCUGCCGUGUGGCUGCAGAGCCCCUGGAAGCCCGAAUCCAGGGAAGCGGCCUGGGCGUCACAGGUGGGCACCGCUGCCCCGUUACCGAACCACGAGCACUGGCUCGGACUGAAUCCCCACGUGGCGCCCUCAGACUGCUCCGCUCCCAGGGUCUUCGACAAAUCCAGCGGGGAUUGUAAAGAUGCAUCCGUGGACCUUGCUAGGAUUGCACCUCGGCAAAGCCCCUCCAUGCCUUCCCCGAGAAACCAGGAGCGGAUGGAGAAGUUCGAGCUUGCAGAGAAAGGCGGCGGCGGCUCCUUGUGGUGCAGAGAGUUAUCCGAAAGCCCUCGGGAUGCCCUCGAGCUGAAAAGGUUCUGUAGUUUGGCUAAGCAUAAGGCUAUUUUUAACAGCGACCGUGGUGCGGGCCUGAACGUUUUUGACUUGGAUGCGCCUUGCUUCACAUCGACCCAGAAGUCAAAGGAGACGAAGGCUCCCGAGAUGCUUUCAGGCGCAGAGCACCCUUCAGGCCUUUCGGGGUGCGGCUGCCCUCCCACCCAUCACGAUUCCCGCUCGCCCACUAGCGAGCUGCAGCAGCUGUUGGCAAAAUCUUGGCAGGUGGUCAACAACAGCCUCUGUACAGUAUGGUUUGCCUUUCCAACUGGUUUGGUGCAGGGAGAAUCCAGGGUGGUCAAAAACAGCAAGAUGGCAGCCGUGACGGAGUGCUCGAAGCUCCGCCUGCUUUUGUUAAUGGGCGUUUUCGGUGACCUUUUUAUCGUUUUUAGGUGUCUCCUUCCACCCUCCCACUUGGACAUCCCCGGGGAGCAAUUAACGCAGGGACGUCUCCCCUUCUUUUGCUUCGUUUUGGUCAAAUGAUCCCAGCCAGGCAAAGAGGCGUGAGGAAAACAAAUCUGCCUUUUGCUGGUGGAGGAGUUGGGACUGAAAUCCAAGCCAAGAAGGGUUUAUAUUGACAUGCAAAUGAUUUUGAGAGGAAGAGUCAAAACCUCCUUUCUCUUCUAA